CCGACACAGUCCGACAUGGUCGGUUUUGAAUUUGCUUUGAUAAAUAUACGUUCCAUACACGUUUUCAUCUUUUCUUGUGAUAAGCAAGUAACCAUUCGAAUUUGUUUAAAUCAUCGUCGUUCAUUGUAAUAUAUAGAGUCAAAAGCAGACACGUCGAGAGAUGUUGAGCGCUUUAUUUGCAUCAUAGAUUGCGCAUAAUCACUGUGUAACUAUCUUUGAUACGGCGCUACGCCACGGUAAUUUGACAUACGCAUUUACGUCAUCUGUUCGUCACCUGUAGGAUCUUGUUGAUGGUAGAGAAAAAGUUUACAGAAAAUACUCUAACGUACUCCAAUCGAUUUUUCGUUGGAGAUGAUGAGAAAUGUUGUUGUGGGGAUAUCUGGGGGUGUCGAUAGCGCUGUGGCAGCUUUCUUACUUAAAAUCAAAGGAUUCAAUGUCACUGGAGUAUUCAUGAAAAAUUGGGACAUUAGAGACGAAACAGGAAAAUGUAUGGUUGAGAAAGAUUACGACGAUGCUCGAUGGAUUUGUGACAAACUAAAAAUCCCUUUGAUACAGGUCAAUUUUGUCAAGGAAUAUUGGAAUGAGGUCUUUAGUGAUAUAGUGGAAAAAUAUCAAAAUGGAUAUACUCCAAAUCCAGAUAUUUUGUGCAACAAGAACAUCAAGUUUGAUAAAUUUUUUCAUCUUGCACGUAAUAGAUUUCAAGCAGAUGCAAUUGCUACAGGUCAUUACGCUAAGACUAGCUUUGGAGCUUACCUAGAGAAUUAUGAAGCAAACAAAAAUGUGCGUUUGCUACAGGCACAAGAUAGCAAUAAAGAUCAAACGUUCUUCUUGAGUCAAGUACCGCAAGAAACGUUGAGACAUUGCAUGUUUCCUCUUGGAACACACUUGAAAAAUCAUGUGAAGAUGAUGGCCACAGAAGCAGGAUUGUGCCAAAUAGCACGAAAGAAGGAAAGCAUGGGUAUUUGCUUUGUGGGGAAACGUGAGUUUCAGCAUUUUAUUUCCGAGUACAUAGCGGAUAAACCUGGUGAUUAUAUAGAUCUGGAUAGUGGACUACUGAUAGGUAAACACGAUGGCAUUCAUAAACGGACAAUAGGACAAAGAUGUAACAUUUCUGGCUGUCUUAAGCCUUAUUACGUGUUUAGCAAGGAUCAAGAGUCAAAUACUGUUAUAGUGGUGGUACAACUCAUCCAGCAUUAUACAGUGAUUUUCUGAUAACGCGAGAGAUUCACUGGAUCAAUGAGGAACCGCGCGAAUUGAGGCGAAACAAUGGUGUGCUAAAUUGUAACUUUCGUUUUCAACAUAGAAAUCCGCUGAUUGCAUGCAAAGUGUACAAGAUGUCCAAUGGUCGCUUGUUUAUCCGUCUUGAUGCACCUUUACGAGCGAUUACAAAGGGCCAGUAUGCUGUUUUAUAUUCUGGAGAGGAAUGUCUGGGCAGUUCAGCAAUAUCAUAUACAGGACCAUCUUAUUUUGCACUUAAUCGGCAAAACUGUAUAGACGACGCUUGCCAUAAUGCGAC